GUGGACCACUUCGAGGACUUCUUCCUCCCAGCCCUGCAGGCUCUGGGGUACGACGGGCGCUUCGUGGCGAAGCCGCGCUCCCCGUGCGUGGACUUCGGAUACUUCCCGGACGGGACGGCCAUCUUCUGGAGGACGACCUCGUUCACGCCCGUGGGCCCCGUCGGUCGGGACUGCUACACGGACGCGGACGGCGCCCGGGCCAACCAGGUGUACGCGUUCGUGGACCUCCGGCACAGCACGGGCGAGGUUGUGCGCUUCGCGGCCACCCACCUCAAGGCGAAGGCGGGCCAGGAGAACGAGAGCCUCCGCGCUCAGCACGUGGAGCAGCUGCUGCGCCUGCUGUCGCGGGGCGGCGCCCCGCACGUGGUGCUGUGCGGCGACUUCAACUCCGACCCCUUCGACGUCGAGGGCCACCGCGCUCUCGCGGUGCCCGCGGUGCUCGGGCACCGCCUGGGGCUGGAUCCUCGACCGGCGCCUACCCGCUCCCGGAGUCCGCGGAGGGGGCCGCCUACACCACCUGGAAGCGCCGGGGGCCGCAGGAGAGCCGGCACGUGA